AUGUCAUCAUCAUCCACUGCAAGGCUUGAAGCAUGGCAAGCACGCCUACAAAACUUGACCGAUCUCCAAGUGCCGACGGAUUAUCCACGUCCGCUACCAUCACGCACUGUUGAAGAAGUCCAAAGCUAUGAUCUCUCUGAACAAACCUUGCUGAGUAUCCUGCAACAUUCCGUGGGCCAAACGACACCAAAUAAUGAUCGUCCUACGCCAUUUUCUAUUCUAUUGGCUGCCUUUGCCGUGCUUUUGCAAAGAUACACGGGUGAUGAGGAGUUUGCUGUCGGAACAUCGUCUCCCUCCAACAAUACCCUUGUCCUUCGUCUCAAUGUCAAUCCACAGGACACUUUUAGCAAAGUCGUCAACAUGGUGCAUCAGGUGGAAAGUGAAGCAUUGGAACAAGAAGUGCCAUUUGAACAACUUGUGGAAUUGAUGGACAAGGGACAACCUGAUCCAGAUAGCCGUCGUCCAUUAUUUCGUGUACGAUUCUAUAAUGAAUACGACACCCCACAUCAAUCGCAGCUCUCCACCACCUCAGCUAAUGCUGAUUUGACCAUCUUUAUUACCAGCCCCGAGUCAUCCACGUCGUUGCGUACUUCAUUCCUGAGACCCAUCCAAGUGCGCAUUGUGUACAAUCAAAUCCUGUUCUCUCAAAGCCGUAUCCAUUAUCUCCUUUCUCAAAUGGCCACGCUUUUGCAAACAGCUUCCCAAAGCCCCGACACACCUGUUGGCCAGAUUGCAUUAUCCGAUUAUCAAUCCGCUGACUCACCUUUGCCGGAUCCUACAACCGAUCUUCAUUGGUCACUUUGGCGUGGUGCCAUUACGGAUAUUUUUGCUGCCAAUGCUGAAAAGCAUCCCGAACGCACUUGCGUCGUUGAAUCGCAUGAUGAUGGAUCCACAGUCACUUUCACUUAUCAGCACAUUCACCAUGCUUCCAAUUUGGUCGCCCACUACUUGUUGGCCAAUGGUAUCAAGCGAGAGGAUGUGGUCAUGAUUUAUGCUUAUCGUGGCGUUGACCUUGUCGUUGCCAUUAUGGGUGUAUUGAAGGCUGGUGCUACAUUUAGUGUCAUUGACCCUGCUUAUCCACCCGCUCGUCAAGAGAUUUACUUGUCAGUGGCCAAACCACGUGGUCUCAUUGUGUUGCAGGAAGCUGGUGUACUUGCACCCUCCGUACGCGAGUACAUUCAAAAGGAGCAGGAUAUUGUAUGCGAGAUCCCCAAGCUAAAGUUACGCAAGGAUGGUGUAUUGGCUGGUGGUAUCGAUGGCAAUGCCGACGUGUUGGAUACUGUUCGUAGCAAGGCUGCUCAAAAUACGGGUGUUGUCAUUGGCCCUGAUAGCAUUGGUACUCUUAGUUUCACGAGCGGUAGUACCGGUAUCCCCAAGGGUGUACGUGGCCGUCACUUUUCAUUGACACACUUUUACCCAUGGAUGGCUGAAACCUUUGGCAUUUCCGAUGAGGACAAGUUUACCAUGCUUUCUGGUAUUGCUCAUGAUCCCAUUCAACGUGAUAUCUUUACGCCUUUGUUCUUUGGUGCCGAAUUGCAUGUUCCUACCUCUGAAGAUAUUGGUAUCCCAGGUCGUUUGGCUGAAUGGAUGAACCGUGCUCAAGUUACCAUCACUCACUUGACUCCUGCUAUGGGUCAAUUGCUCUCAUCGCAUGCCCAAAACGAGAUCCCUACUUUGCGUAAUGCUUUCUUCGUUGGUGAUAUUCUCAGCAAGCGUGAUGCUGCACGUAUCCAAAAAUACGCACCCAACGUGGCCGUGAUCAACAUGUAUGGCACUACCGAAACGCAACGCUCUGUAUCCUAUUAUGUGGUGCCCUCGCGUGCAGCUCAUCCAGCCUUUUUGAGCUCACAAAAGGAUGUGAUCCCUGCUGGCAAGGGUAUGGUCAAUGUACAGCUGCUUGUGGUCAAUCGCCAUGAUCGUACCAAGAUGUGUGGUGUUGGUGAAAUUGGUGAAAUCUAUGUUCGUGCACCAGGUCUCUCCGAAGGCUAUCUUCGCUUACCCGAUGCUACUGCUGAAAAGUUCAUUCCCAAUUGGUUUGUCGAUUCGCCUAAUCAAGAUGAUGGCAAGGAUGAAUCAUUGGUCCCUGGUGAUGAUUGGAAGGAAUUCUGGAAGGGCAAGCGUGAUCGCAUGUAUCGUUCAGGUGAUCUUGGUCGUUAUCGCCCUGAUGGCAACGUUGAAUGUACGGGUCGUGCCGAUGAUCAAAUCAAGAUUCGUGGUUUCCGUAUCGAGCUUGGUGAGAUCGACACCCACUUGUCAGCCCAUCCCAUGGUGCGAGAAAACGUGACCCUUGUGCGUCGUGACAAGAAUGAAGAACAAACACUCGUAGCCUACUUUGUUCCCGUUCAAACAGCUGAUGCCGAAUUUGCAAGCGCCACUGAUGACAAUGGUGAUGAGGAAAAGGGCAACAGCAACGAUGUACGUUCUCGCCGCAGAUACAGACGUCUUAUCAAGGACAUUCGUGACAACCUCAAGAAGAAGUUGCCAAGCUAUGCUAUCCCAUCGGUCUUUGUUCCUCUUGUUCGUAUGCCUUUGACCCCUAAUGGAAAGACCGAUAAGAAUGCAUUGCCUUUCCCUGAUACUGCCCAAUUCCAAGAAGCACCCACGACCGCUCCUAAGGAUACCAAGUUGCCUGAAAUGUCACCCAACGAACGUGCCAUCCACGAGAUUUGGCAACAACUCUUGCCAUCCCCUGAACCUGUUAUUGGUCUUGAUGAAAGCUUCUUCGAUAUUGGUGGUCAUUCGCUUAUUGCUACUCGCCUUAUUUUCGAGAUCCGCCAAAAGUUCCAAGUGGAUGCACCUCUUGGUCUUGUAUUCUCUGAACCUACGAUUCGUGGUCUUGCUCGUGAAGUUUCUCGAUUGCAAAACAGCGACUUGCUCCUCGCUACUGAAGCUAAGGACACCACAGGUGCUGCUGGUGCUGAAAAUGGAUCCAUUGCUCAACAAAAGAAGGAGGCUGUUGAUUAUGCAGGUGAUGUGGCCAAGCUUGCUGCUGAGUUUUUGGAAUCUUCUUAUGCACCUUUGCCUGCCGAUCGUUCGGGUGCUCGCAAGAUUUUGGUUACGGGUGUCACUGGUUUCCUUGGUGCCUUCAUUCUCGCCAAGGUCCUUUCGUAUCCUGAUACCACUGCUGUAUGUAUUGUGCGUGCUAAGGAUUCUGCAUCCGCCCUGGAACGUGUCAAGAAGGCUGCCGUCAACCAUAAUGUUUGGAAUGAUGAUUGGGAAGGUCGUAUUGAAGCCGUGUGUGGUGAUCUUGGCCAAGAAAGAUUGGGAUUGUCGACUCAAGAUUGGGAGAGACUUGCACAAGAAACGGAUACCGUGAUUCACAAUGGUGCCCUUGUCCACUGGGUUUAUCCUUACCAGCAAUUGCGUGCUGCCAACGUUCUUGGUACAUUGUGGGCUAUGCGUCUUGCUACUCAAACCAAGCCCAAAUCCUUCCACUUUGUAUCCUCCACUUCAGUCCUUGACACCGCUCAUUACAUCAACUUGUCUGAUUCAGUACCCGAAACCGAUGACUUGGAAGGUUCACGCACAGGACUUGAAAGUGGCUAUGGUCAAAGCAAGUGGGCUGCUGAAAAGUUGAUUAUGGAGGCUCGUAAUCGUGGUAUGCCAGCAACCAUCAUUCGCCCAGGCUAUAUUCUUGGUCACAGCAAAUCAGGUGUUACCAACUCGGAUGACUUUAUUUGGCGUUUGCUUAAGGGUUGCGUUGAACUUGGCUAUAUCCCAUCCAUUGCCAACGUGGUCAAUUGCUGCUCCGUCGACUAUGUCGCUGCUGUGGUGGGUGCUGCUGCUUAUUAUGAUGCUCAAUCUACCAAGCUUGGUGUCAUGCAAGUGACCCAUCAUCCUGCUACAUUCACCUUCAAUGACUUGUUUGGCACAUUGUCCACCUAUGGCUAUGUUGUCAAGCAAACGGAAUACAUUGAUUGGCGUAACAAGCUCAUGGAUUUCACCCUUCAAUCUCAAGACCACUCGCUCUUCCCCUUGUUGCAUUUCGUCCUUGAUGAUCUCCCAACAUCCACAAAGAGCGCACGACUUGAUGAUAGCCACACGCAGGCCGUGUUGGCUAAUGAAGGUAUCACAUGUCCUCCCAUGGGUAACGACUUGCUCGGUCUUUAUUAUGCAUACCUUGUCAAGGCUGGUUUCUUCCCUGAUCAACCUUCCUCUGCAGCCAACCAACUUCCCAAACUCGAUACUCCCGUCGCUUUGCUCAUGCGUAGCGGUGCCCAUUAA